UGUUAAACUAUCUGUUUUUCAUCAUCAUGCGGAGAUAUUACUUGGUCACGUUGCUAUUGUACUCGAUCGCGAUGUGUAUUGAUGUCGACGCGGCGGCGUGGAGUUCGUUUCCAAGAUUUCGACACGUUUGGCGAACUCAUCAUCGUAAAAACGAGUCGGUCGAGUCACCCGAUCCCCCAAAGAGCAGAUCGCAGACAAUUAACUUGCAAAACGGUGGCGGUAGACCGAACCAUGCUGCUGCUGGCAGAGAGAAGCGACGUAAGUCCGGAAACUCGCGUCUCGCGUCAGCAUCGCUGUCGCGUAGUAAAGUAAUUGCUAUCACAUUAAUUUUAUUUUUAGUGUUUCCGCUGUUGACUCUGGUCAGAUUUCCAAAUAACAUUUGCCCCGGGUCGAACGGUGAAAAUGGCACGUGCGUGGCUGCCUCGGAAUGUUCGCAACGCGGCGGUGCGUCCAGUGGGAUUUGCGCAAAUGGUUACGGUAUUUGUUGUAUCGUGACUGCGACCUGCGGCGAAACGAUCGUCAACAAUAAUACUUACUUCGUCAAUCCGAAGUACCCGUCCACUUACGACGGUACCAUAUCUUGCCAGUUGACACUGGUCAAAUCGCAUCCGAACGUGUGUCAGUUCAGACUCGAUUUUGUGCAGUUUAAUAUAAGAGGCCCAGAGACUACGAAUCAUCAGUGUAUAUACGAUCAGUUUAUCGUUUCCGGAGGCAACCCUGUGCCCGCUAUAUGCGGGACCAACGCCGGGAACCACGUAUACGUCGAUGCCGGUCUUGGGCAAACGAAUCCCGUUACGCUGACGUUCGUUACGAGCGGUUCCUUCGCUCGAUCUUGGAAAAUACGAGUGUCACAGAUUCGUUGCGAUUCUAUAUAUAGAGCCGAGGAGGGUUGUCUGCAAUAUUUCACAGGAAUAUCCGGACAGAUAAAGUCGUUCAAUUACGAUCCCGUCACUGGACUACAAUUGUCUAAUCAAGAUUACAGCGUUUGCGUCCGAACGGAGAGGAACUUUUGCGGCAUACAAUAUGUCACCUGUCCAGUAGAUGAUAGACUAGGUGAAGCCGCGACGACAGGUGGGACAGUAGCGGCACAAACGAUGCGCAGCAACGCGUUUACGUUGACGGGAAACACGCAGUCGACGCAGAUAGCGUCGAUGACAGGUGCAGCUUGCCAAACUGACUGGUUAACGAUCCCGUGCGCAUCAAACGUGGGUAGAUCCCCGACCGCGACGAUGUCUUGCGUCGAUCGGUUAUGCGGCGGAACGUUCAACGCGGAGAGUCAAAAUCUCAACGCGUCUUCCGUAAUGAGUACCGUGAAGCCGUUCAGAUUGAUUUUUCACACGGACAGCGUCGAGGCGCCGAACGACGUCGGGAACAGGGGUUUCUGCCUCAAUUACAUACAACAACCUUGUACAACGAAGUUAAGAUGAUUCCAAGUAGAAUUACCAUCCCCCCGCCGCCCGCUUGUUUCUACCUGACGGCUGUUCGAAAAAUUGGAGCGAAAAGAGGAGUGAGACUGGGAGGAACAUCGUGGAAUGUUCAACUGUCUUUCAUAUGAAGAUUCAUCAUACGGAACUGUUAUACGGAGUGUAAAGAAAUAUUUCACCUUCCUUACAGUUCAUUAACUUUUCAUGUCGCGUGGCCCAAUUGUUUGGUCGUUAUGCGACUAGCGUCGAUUUCUCCGAAUUUGCGAAAGACACGUACCGCGGUGUGGCCGAAGGCAAAUCUGUAUUUUUCAAAUUGUUGCUGCAACUUACCGCCAACGAUGCGAUUCUGUAUAAUAUCAUCUGGUCGCGUAUUGAUUUGUAUCGUCGAUCCAUUCCCAUUGCUCAUAGUCGUCAUGGGGAUGGACAUGUCAGUCGGAUUGACACGCGAUUCGAAUUUCGCCACCUAAAAUUUGUGAGCAUCGUGUAUAAAGAAACGUGAUUUCUGCUUGUGCGAGUGCGUACCGAUCGUACAUCUAUGUACAACGUAUCGAACAAUUGAUCAAAGAUUAAUUAAAAUAAAAUAGAGUUUUAUAAAUGAUUCUAUACUAUAAAGAAGAACAACAGCGAUACACUGUUGCACUAAGCCACUCAGAGCGAAGCGCAACUUAACUUAGAAA